GGUAGUAUCGAUGCAAGGUUUAGACUCCUUUUCUUAUGCACAGUGCUAUUGCGAAGAAAAUAUUUAUCACUUGCUUCUUGAACUGCAGGGUGAAGGCUCUCCUUUUGAAAAGAGUUUUGCUGUUGUGGUAAGCUCCUAUAAAACUUCAUUGAUUCAUGAAAAGGCGAAUAUAUGGGAUUCAUAUGUUCCUUACAGGUCCUUUAAGAUGAAUAACGUUGAUGAUUUGCUAAUCUGGGAUUAUCAUGUCUUCGCAGUUGUUCAGGCAAGUGAAACAAGAAAAAUCUACGCAAUAGAUUUUGAUUCCAACCUUGCGUAUUUUGACUCCGUUGGAUCACUUGGAAAAUGGGCUUUCCAUUGCAAGGAUUUUUCACUUUAUAUUAAAGAAACUUUUUUUUUGGAUAAGAAUCAAUUGUUUACUGCCUUCGACGGACUUUCUGCUGCGCUAGAUGAUCUUUCCUUUAGAAUAGUUGAGGGAUUGGAUUACAUAACGUUCUUGCGAAGUGACCGCUCACAUAUGCAGAAUAAAUUAGGACAAUAUAAAAAAAGCCCUCCAACUGCACCUCCAAUAUCUUCCUUUGCUAAUUGUGUUGAUGAAGAACAUAGAAAAUGCUAUAAGUUAGUUGAAGAAUCACUUGCAGUUGAAAAGAAAAAAAAUAAUUUAGUCUGUUUUAUAAAUAUGAAUAAUGUGUUAUUUCCAGGCAUAAUUGUGGAUCGGCACUAUUUGCUUUCUUCUCUGAGCUGUGGUUUAUAA